GCAUGCGCAUUACAAGUAUAAAAUACAGCAAUGUCUAUUACAUGCAAUCACUGCCGAGGUGCAUUUAAUUAGACUGUUCUCCUUUGUGUAUUUGGAGUGGCUCAUGCACAGAAAAAUCUGCAUUUUUCUUCCUCAAGCUGUGAAUGGUAUUUUUUUUUUUUUUUUGCUUAAAUAAUCCUGUAAUAUGACGCCAGGAAAGAAAAAAGGGGCAGAAACCUGAUCUCAAUGGAUAAGUAAAACUCCAGUUAAUGUUUAACAAGCUAGAAUGGUCCGAUGGGACAACAGUGGCGUGAUCCGGCACAUCCACGCCCAAAAGAUUUCGGGAAGCACGUGGAAGUGUGGGGGGGGGGGGGAAGUGGCCACACCGAGUGUGUGCGCGAGGGGAGCACUCGCCGUUCGCUAAUCCGGCUCAGCCGCUGCAGGAGCAGAUCGCGCUCCCGCCCGGGGCCCCCACCGAGCUCAGCCCGCGCGCCCCCAAAGGCUCCGCGCGAGCCGGGUUCUAGGCUCCGCCUCGCGCCUUCUCGCCGGGUUCUAGGCUCUGCGGCCCCCGCUCCCUGGGUUCUAAGGCUCCCCGGAGCAUGGGCCGCUGCCCCCGCGCUCUGCUGCUGCUGGGCACGCUGGCCCUGCUGGCCCCGGGCCCCGCCGCUGAGGACGAGCACGACGAGUACGACGAGCUGGUGCUGUCCUUCCCCUCGGAGGAGGAGAACCAGACGGAGGUCGGGAGGCAGCUGGGCUCGGCCGCUUUCUACAGGACGAACAAGGACAUGUGGAGAUUACCCGGGCAGUACAUAGUGGUGCUGAAGGAGGAAACUCAUAAAUCCCAGACAGAGAGAACCAUCCGCAGGCUGCAAGCUCGAGCAGCGAAGCAUGGCUACCUAACCAAAAUCCUUCACAUCUUCCAGGAUCUGUUCCAGGGAUUUCUUGUAAAGAUGAGCAGUGAUGUGCUGGAUAUGGCUUUGUGGCUGCCGCACGUUGAUUACAUUGAAGAGGACUCCUACGUGUUUGCUCAGAGCAUUCCCUGGAACCUCGGCAGGAUCGUCACAGCACAGUACAAGUCUGGCAAAUAUAACCCUCCCAAUAAAGGAGAUCUGGUUGAGGUUUACCUGCUAGACACCAGCAUCCAGAGCAACCAUCGGGAGAUAGAGGGCAGAGUGUUUGUGACGGACUUCGAGAAUGUGCCAGAGGAGGACGGCACGCGCUUUCACAGACAGGCCAGCAAGUGCGAUAGCCACGGAACCCACAUGGCCGGCGUGGUGAGCGGGAGGGACGCUGGCGUGGCUAAGGGAGCCAGCGUUCGCAGCCUUCGGGUGCUGAAUUGCCAAGGCAAGGGCACGGUCAGCGGGACCCUAAUUGGCCUGGAGUUUAUCAAGAAGACCCUGACUGCCCAGCCCUACACCCCUUUGGUGGUGUUGCUCCCCUUUGCUGGAGGUUACAGCCGUGUUUUGAAUGCAGCUUGUCGGCUGAUGGUGCAGAUGGGAGUGGUAAUGAUUGCUGCAGCUGGCAACUACAAGGAAGAUGCCUGCUUGUACUCACCUGCGUCUGAACCAGAGGUGAUCACUGUCGGGGCAACCGACUUCGAGGACCAGCCCGCCUCCAUGGGAGCCUUAGGAACAAACUUUGGCCGGUGUGUGGACGUCUUUGCCCCGGGCGAUGAUAUCAUAGGGGCCUCCAGUGACUGCAGCACCUGCUUCACUUCCCAGAGUGGGACGUCCCAAGCUGCUGCACACGUGGCAGGCAUCACAGCCAUGGUUCUGAACACCGACUCUGCACUGACGCUCUCUGAGCUCAGGCAAAGGCUAAUUCAUUUCUCCACCAAAAACGUUAUCAAUGAGGCUUGGUUUCCUGAAGGCCAGAGGCUGGUCACGCCCAACAGAGUGGCAGGACUGCCCAGCAAACUCAUAGCAGGUGAGCAGUUGUAUUGCCGCUCCGUGUGGUCUGCCCCGUCCGGGUCGACUCGCUCUGCGACAGCUGUCGUGCGCUGCAGUGGGAACGAGGAGAUGCUCAGCUGCUCAAGCUUCUCCACAAAUGGCAAGCGGCGAGGAGAGCGUAUCGAGGUUCCUGGAGGCAGGAAGCAGUGUGUGGCUUACAAUGCAUUUGGCGGCCAUGGUGUCUACGCUAUAGCGAGGUGUUGCAUUUGGCCCAAAGCUGACUGCCAGAUUCACACCAGCUCCCAGGCUGCAGAUGGUGCUUCGACAACUGGAGUGGGCUGCUCCAAGGAGAACCAUGUUUUGACAGGUUGUAGCUCCCAUUCUUUUGCUGGCGAGUUUAGUGACAACGUCAGACCCGUUCUAAGGAUGGAGACCAGACACCACCAAUGCGUAGGUAGAACGGAUGUGACCUUGCAUACUUCCUGCUGCCAUGCCCCCAGCAUCGAAUGCCAGGUGAAGGAACACUCACCCGUGGGCUUCCAAGAAAAGGUGGCAGUGACCUGUGAUGAAGGCUGGACUUUGACAGGAUGCAAUGCGUAUUCCUGGGGGCCUGGCACCCUUGGCGCCUACGCCGUGGAUGACACUUGCGUGGUAAUGAGUGCUCUCGCUGGCAAAGGGGCAGCGGCCAUCGCCAUCGCCAUCUGCUGCAGAAGCAGACAUUUGGAAAAUGACAAGCACUCUUCCAACUACAAGUGAGGACAGUGCCCAUGGCCACAAGGCGCCCCUGCUGAGACAAAACUGACAUCACACCAAAAAAGACGCAUUCCAAAACCAUCACCUUUCCAGAUUCCAGAGCUGAGGCCACUACUCCCAGUUUGGUCAGGGCUGAGCGUGAUGGAAUAAGAAUCACUAAUUGCUUGCAGGUGGGAGUUAUAACACAUCUAAAAUGCAAGGGUUGUGGUGUCUGGAAACGCUUAAUCCCAGCGCCCUGAGGAUGAGAUUUCCCCCUCCCCCCCUUCUUCCACAGGACCUCCUAAUUUACUGCAUAUGGAUUCUAGCAGGGCGACAUUUGGCAAGAAGUCCUGCCCACCAGUUUGUAAGCAUAUUUUGUUUCUGUUGUCAAGCAGCAAGGUUAUAAGCUCAGUGUCAGCCAAGUGGUUUGAGGGUGACCAAAGGUGGUGUAUUUACUGCAUCAGGUCAGCAAGCCCUUCGCUCUUCUUGGCUGUGGUUGCUAGGUACCUUGGUUACCUCUGCAGCAUUCUGUGGGUAUUUGUGUUACCACCUCAUCCUUUUACUGCACUCGGGGGCGGAUUCUCCCUCCUGCUAUAGCCCCCGUGAGCAGCUGUGGCAGUGAGGGGGCCGUGAAAGCCUUGGAUUUGGCAAGGCGAGAAUUCUCCUGGCUCAGGAACUGGACUUAUGUGGCUCUCUUUAUAUCCCCUAGUGCAGAGAGUGAUGGGUGUGGGUGAAGCUCUAGGGGCUGCCAUUAAGGCGAUUCUGGCUGGCACAGUCUCCCCCAGGCAGUUCAGCUGCCUAAGCUGUCGCAGCAACACCCAGUCAGGGUCCAAAAUUUGCCUUAAAGCCACUGUAGUCCCCAAUCGGGCUCAGACUGAUCCUCCAGGAGGCGUAGCACAGGGCCCUCGCUCUCUGAUUUGCAAUUAGCCAAAAACCCCAGCAGGGGUUUUAAUUUUAAUUUUUUUUGUUUCUAGUAAAAUCUCGUUUUCUGGUUGUUCUAUAGCCUCUUUCCUCCAAGCAGAGCCCCAAGUGCUUUACAACCCCCGCUCCAGCAGUCAUGGCACUGAAACGUGCAAAGUGAAGGCCUCUGUGCACAACAGAGCAGUGUGGGCAAUGCCAUGGAUUCCCUCACCUAACUGCCCCUGAGCUGCUGAGACAGGCGAGGCCUGGAGAGGGAAUUACCCCCCCCCCCAGGAAAAUGCACCAGAGAGGAACAUCAGGGAGUUAGCACCACUGUGGCAGCAGCAGGAAUUUGGCCCAGGCCUCCUCUGGGUCUCCUAGUUGGCAGUUCUUUGCCUCCACAGCACUCCUCCCUGGCCACAGCAUCCCCAUGCCCAGAUCACUCAGCGUGGGGAGGUUCUCUGUGCAGGUCCAGAGAUUGUGCAUGAGGCAUAGUGCCCUUGGUCCGGACAUUUUCCUUCGUUAGCUGAGACCAGCCACAUGAGGGUCAGUUCUGAUAUUUUUGGGAUACAGGCUCCUGGCCACUAGGAACUGGACUGACACCAUCACUUCACUUUCUCUAGGUGCCCCCCAGCAGGGAUCAGCUUGUAACAACCAAUCCCCCAGUGAUGAAUGCAGUAUGAAUUCCUAGGAAGUACACUAAAGCUAAUGGACAUGAUCUGUAGUUUAGCCAGGCUUGGUUUAUAUCUCACUACAAUCCCUGACCUCACAAUGCAUUGUUUAUGUAAACAUUUAUAGUACAAAAGUGAUCUUUGUGGUGUAUUCACUUGCAUUGUCACAGUUUGGCAAAACCAGAAUCUCUGUAACCAAAUGCACUGUUGGUGGGGCUUUUUUCUUUACUCCUCAGAUUUCAACUAGACCCCUCAGGGCUAGCUCAUCUAGUUUAACACUUUUUGGAGCUUUAGCUCUCCCAAAAGAUAGCCUAAUAGUGUGGCAAAUAGACCCCAGUUUACUCUUAGUCAAGCUUGCACCCUCUAGUUUAAUUGCUUGCUUAAUCAGAUUUUAAUCUGUAAAGAUAGAGAUUUUGCUGCUGCUUUGUUAGCUUUUUUUUUUUUAAAGCAAAAGAAAGUUGAAGUAUAAAUGUUGACCUCCUGUAUUGCUUUAACUGGUCUCCUUUCGGGUCCUCCCUUCGGGGAAGCUUAUAUAUUUGAACUAACAUGCUGUAAUUCAUUACCAGUUUUUUUUUUUUUUUUUUAAUAUAAAGAAAGCUUUCAUCGUACUGUGGUUUUUACAUUUGUAUCUUGAAAAUAUUUAUUCUGAGUUUUAUAAACAGCAAAUUUUAUAAUGGUGUCUUUUUAAAAUAAAACACGUAUGCCACAGUUUGGGAGUUCAUCUGUGUACUCAACCGUCUUACUGUAAAAUGGCAGGAGAUUAACCAUUGUAUUCAGCAUUGUGAAUGGGCAUCCACCUCCCAGGGAACUUGCAUGGUGCUUAGCCAUCCACGUUGCUUGAAGUUGAUAGGAGAGGAGACAAAUAGGUCACUCAGGUGCACAGGAGGUUAGACCAAGUACAGGACAGUGAGCAGGAGUCCUGGCCCCACUUAGGUAUAGCUGCGCUGAAUGAAGCUGGGAGCAAGCCUCCCACCCCACAUAACCAAAGUUGUGCUAGCAGGGCUCAAGCUAGUGCACUAAACCCAGCAAUGUGGAUAGUCCAGCUUGUGCUGGAGCUCAGGCAGGCUUGAGAACCCAAAUGUUUGCCUGAGGCAGAAUGUCCACAGUGCUAUUUUCAGUGCGCUACCUGGAGCCCCUAGUGCACAUCUGCCUAGUGGGGCUGGAAGGGUCGCUCCCAACUACAGCGUAGACCCGAGUGACAGGCUGAGAACUUGGACCCAGUAGCUGUUCUGUGCUUCAGUUACCCUCUCUUACAGGGUAGCAUUACAGAGCCUCUGAAGAGAAGUACUAGAAGGGCAAAAUUAUCUUACCCGUACCCUUCAACUACUUGUUAGCCCAUGGGAAGAACCAGUCUGCUAAAGGAACUAACAGUGAAGCUAUUCUACACAGGUACCUACAAUAGCAGUGAUGGUGAAUAAAAAGAUUUGACUGCAAGAAUGAACUGCAUAAACCUCCUGUUGGUUUGUGUUAAAUGAGGCCUUAGAUGGAAAGUUACCAGUUAAUAAAUAGCACAUUGUUGUCCCUCUGCUUAAAUUAAUUAAAGGCUUUCAUAGAUUUGUGUCUAUUCAUUCUACUUAUAAGCUGCUUUUACCUAUCCAUAAUAAAGUUAACCUCCU